GAUGUUGUCUAACAUCCUUUCUUUUUCACGUUUAUUUCUCUGAUAGGUCCCAAGAUAUCACUAGAGUCAUCCCAGUACUCUGUAACAGAAGAUGACGGUUCAAUUGAAGUCUGUGCCUCUGUGAGUGGAGGCCCCCUCUCAUCUAGUGUAGUUAUCACUAUCAACACCCUCCCAUCAACCGCCGCAUCUCCAGAUGAUUACACAAGCCUAAGUGCGACCCACACCUUCACACCAGGAGGGGGAACCAGGAAGUGCUCGACGAUUCAAAUAUCUGCCGACACUGCUGUCGAGUCGUCCGAGAGUUUCUCUGCCGGUCUCCAGAGUGAAGUCGACAUCCUUGACACACCUAUUAGGGCUUUCAUCUUGACUCUUGACAGCAGUCGCGUCCACGAUGGUUUUUUACGAAACCAAGAGAGCGUCUGCAUACUCGGCAGACCUU